GUAUCGGCAAUCCAUCAACCUAACUGUAAACUGACGACUUUUGUAUACACGACUACAUACAAGCAUAUCACAUGACAGAAAGCAAUGGCAACAACAGCAAACGACCGUCUAUCGAGAAUCCUUUGGUGGACUCGACAAGCGUCGUUGCCGGUUUGUCGCCGCGAGCGAGCAAGAAACCUCGCUCGUCGGAACGCAAAGAAGAGGACGGUAUUCCGCUACCCGAAGUUACGCAAGCGGACUUGAUCACUUUGACAUCACAUCCCGAUGCCUUUGGUGUCGAUCCCAUUCCAAUUUCCUGGGGUCAUCCUGAUCCUGCUGUUCGCGGCCCCGUUAUCUGUACAGUCCGUCAUUCAGCCCAACGCAACGCAAUUGGGGCGCACCAGGGGUCAUACUGUGUGUACACGGGUUUGGCCGUGGCGGCGGGGAAACUCGAUCCAUCCUACGUGCCGAAUCUAUCCUUGACGAGUCCGGUCUUUCAGAUCGGACCUUAUCCAUCGUGGUCGGAUCCAAAAAAGAUUUCCGCACUGGAUCCAUUCGGCCACUUGACUACAGACGCUUACGGAGAUUGGUUGGAGAAAGGUUGGGACAUUCGACCCACGAUUACGUGGAAAGACUUGCUGAUCGUCCCUCACGAAAUGGCACUCAAUGUUUUCAAUUUCCAGGCCGUCACAAAAGCUCAUAUAGACUUACCGGAAUGCCGUGAAGCGAUCGCGACGGGUCGCCUCGUUCCCGACGGCAAAAUUCUCUUGUCAUCGGGUCAAUCCAUCGUUGCCAAAGCCGCUAUAGAACCCGUCUGGUAUCUUCCAGAGCUUGCCCGUCGCUUCCAAACCACGGAAACAAACCUGCGUCAAUCAAUUUUCAGGAUGACUAACGGUAUGUAUCCUGAGCUUAUUACCCGCCCGGAUAUCAAAAUAUUUUUACCACCAAUCGGCGGUUUGACCAUUUAUAUUUGGGGCGAUCCGGCAACAAUCCCUGAUGAAGACAUAGAGUUGACGUGCAGGGUGCACGAUGAGUGUAACGGUAGUGACGUCUUUGGUUCCGAUAUUUGCACCUGUCGUCCCUACUUGACCCAUGCAAUUGAAGAGUGCAUCCGUACGGCACAAAAGGGAGGUUGUGGCAUCGUCAUUUACUACCGCAAAGAGGGACGAUCUCUAGGCGAAGUGACCAAAUAUUUGGUCUACAACACGCGCAAACGUCAAGAAGGAGGGGAUUCGGCCGAACGCUACUUUUCGUGUACAGAGCAAGUUGCCGGUGUUCAGGAUACCCGUUUCCAAGCGCUCAUGCCGGAUCCACUGCACUUUUUGGGCGUCACUAAGAUCGACAACUUUAUUUCCAUGUCGGACAUGAAGUAUGAUGCGAUCGUAUCGACUGGUAUUAAGAUUGUGAACCGGGUCGAGAUUCCCCCCGAAAUGGUCCCGGAAGAUGCUAAGGUAGAGAUUACCGCCAAGGUCUUUCACGGAUACAAUGCAGGUGAAGCGUACAAGAACAUUGAUGAAGAGGAACUGAAAAAUACCAAGGGGCGUGAGUAUGCUUACAACGAAAAAGAAGAGAAUUAA